AUGAUGAAGACAAAAUCAGCGGUGAAGGAGGAAGAAGAUGAAGGGGCGUUUACCCGGCGCAUGCGCUUGAUGAGCGAAGAGGCCCUUGAAAGCGGUGGACACGGUGCACGCAAAGCUGUCGAGGAAGCUGGCUUCAGCGCAGAUCUUAAGGCCGAGCUCGAACAGCGUAUCGCUAGUGCAUCGCUGCAGUCUCCCAAAAUCAACCUCCCCGCCUCCGCGUCCCGCCACACCCGCGAUCUUGCAACAAGCGAAGCAUGGACCGGCACCGAGAGUAUCCACGACGCCUCGCUACGCAUGCUGAACGACGCCCACAAGCCAUUGCGGGCGGGCAGACGAGCAGGACCAGGGCCUGCAGUGCAGAUGCCGCGAAACAUCGACACUGGCCGCCGACGCAGCAACACUGGCCAAGGCCUGCGUCUAGCCAACGCCCGUGACCGAACCAAUGUCUACGCCUCGGUGCAGGCCGACGACAGUAUCGAGGAGACAGAGCGCCAGCAACGCCUCCAGGUACUCAAAGACCGUUUUGAGCCGGGCGCGCGCGCCAUAGUGCCCGGGUCGAUCUCGGGCAUCGCCUCGCUGGCGAACAAACGCAUUGAAGACGCCAUUGCACGUGGACAAUUCAAGAACAUUCCGCGCGGCAAAGGCAAGAACGUGGAGCGCGACCAUAACGCGGACAGCCCCUUCAUAGACACGACGGAGUACUUCAUGAACAAGAUCAUCCAAAGGCAGGAGAUUGUGCCGCCGUGGAUCGAAAAGCAGCAGGAGCUCACGUCGGCCGCGUCUAAGUUUCGGGGUCGCUUGCGUGCUGAUUGGAAACGGCAUGCUGCACGCAUGAUAUCGAGUGCGGGCGGCUCGUUGCAAGAGCAGGUACGGCGUGCGGAGGCCUACGCGCGCGCAGAGGCCAUCGCCAAUCCCUCGAAGAUCAAGAAGGAGACAUUGACAGCCGUGGACAAGGACGGUCAAAUGUCCCAGAUCUCGCUUUCGGGCGAAUUGAAAAGCGCCUCCUCCGACCCCUCGGGCAGCACACUUGUGUCUGAAAUCACCGCGUCAAAGACCCCGCUCGACUCUAGCACGGAACCAACUCCAGCCGCAACGACAACACAAACCAUUGAGAUUCCCAUCGCCAAUUCGUCUACGAGUCCUGCGCCAGCAUCUUCUGCAGCACCCGAAGACCCAACAACCGCACGGCCAGCACCACUCGUCAUCUUCCGCGACCCCCUCUGGCUCGCCAACGAAACUCCCUACCUAACCCUCGCCAUUGCGGACCUUAAUUCCAAAGCGCGCAGCUACAACCUACAAGCCCCCGAAAUCGCCCGCAAACCCUAUUACAACCUCGAGCGGGAACUAAAGUCGUGCUUCUCAGACGUCGCGCCGCUCAUCGCCGGCGCCAUCGUCGACCGCGCGCAGAAACCUGCCGCGAAAGCCUCAGAUAGCUUUGGCCAGCAGCUGAGUGAGCGUGGGCUGCUGGGCUCGCUGGGUGGUGCACCGGUGCGCGUCCGCGACGAGCGCACCACGAAGCAGUACGGAUUCCGGCAGUUUUGGAGCGACUUGUUUGCGCCGCGCGAAAAGGAUCCGUGGGCGUGA